AUGCAGAAGCUCACGAAUCCGAUGAGAAAGAAGGUCUCGCUCAAGAAGAAGCGAUGGGUGAAAGACGGAUUCGACCUCGACUUGGCCUACAUCGGCGACAGUCGCCUGCUGGCCAUGGGCUAUCCCUCGGAGGGCGCUGAAGGCGUGUACCGAAACCCCCUCUCUGAAGUCCAGCGGUUCCUCGACAACUACCACCCCAACAAGUACAUGGUGUACAACCUGUGCGCCGAGCGGGUCUACGUCUCCACCAAGUUCAACAUGCGAGUGCGCGUGUUCCCGUUCAUGGACCACAACUCGCCGCCUCUGCAUCAGAUUCCCGAGAUGUGCUACAGUCUGUAUCUCUUCCUCGCACAAGACCCGGAGCACGUGGCCGCAAUUCAUUGUAAGGCCGGCAAGGGUCGCACGGGCCUGCUGAUCUGCUGCUACCUGCUGCACUGCGGCCGGUUCAGCACGGCCGAGGAGGCCAUGAAAUACUACGGCAAGGAGCGCACCCGCGAUGGCAAGGGCGUCACCAUCCCCUCGCAGAUUCGGUACAUCAAGUACUACGAACAGAUGCUGGACGCGCCCUUCCAGCCGCGGUUCGUCGACGCGCCACCGCUGUGGAUCAAGGGCUUCAUCCUGCACGGAAUCCCCAAGGGCAAGAAAGAUAUUCAGGUGAUCAUCGAGGAGUACGGCUACAACGAGCGCUUCAGGUCUUCGAUCAAGCAGAUCGGCAAGCAGGAGAAGCAGAUCGGAAUGCUCAACAUCGAUUUUCACAAGCCUCUGCGCGUCGUCAGGGACGUCCACGUCGUAGCCAACUCUGGCAAGGGCACGCUGUUCAUGUUUUGGUUCCACACGGCCUUCGUGAAGGACGGCCGGCUCGUGCUCACCAAGCCCGAGCUCGACAAGGCCUGCCGCGACAAGAAGAAGGUCUUCAGCAAGGACUUCCAGGUGGAGAUGUACUUUAUGUCCGAGGCCGAGUACGAGGAGGAGAUCAAGAAGGGCAAGUUCUCCCUCAAGGACCUCAAGAACGCCGAGUCCGGCUCCAGCCUCCCCAACGGCGAGGAGAACGGCGCGUCGGAUUCGUCGUCCGAUAAGAAGGAGCCGGCUGACGGCGAGGAGGACGGUUCAUCGUCCUCGUCCGAUGAAGAGGACGACGAGGACUACAGUUACGCGGAGAACGGGAACGGCGAAGUCAUCGAUGUUGAGCGUGAGAAGAAGGCCAACGAGGACAUGUCCGAAGACUCCGACGCCGAUGAGGAGAGCGAGGCCGAGGAGGGAAAGCGGCCAAACCUUGGCGUUCCCGGUUCCUUCAUCAAAGGAGUGCCGCGAGGAAACUCUUCGCCGCGCGGUAAUGCGUCGGGCGGUCUGUUGCAGCCCUUCAGCCCGCAGAAGACCAACUCGGGGAAGAAUUUCCUGGUGGGCAAGGCCAGGACCGACAACACGAGCGGGCUGGGCAAGGAGCCCAAGGAAACCAAGGAAUGA